AUGGUUCCAGCCUUGAAGCCUGCGUUAGUGCACUCUGUAGAGUCGCUAAAUAGUGAGCCUGCUGAUGUCAUCUCAAGCAGCUCUAUUGGAAAUAGGAAAUAUUCCUUUAAAUCAACUUCACUAGCUCUCCUGAGACACAGCGUGUGUGGUUCAUUGGUGGAACGUUUUUCAGACAGAAUCAUGUCAGAAUACAGCUCUUUGCUGAGUGACUUGUGCGAGAACAUCACUAACGAGGAUCUGGAGCAGCUGAAGUCAGCCUGCAAAGAGGACAUCCCUGAAGACCAGAGCAACUCCAUUACAUCCUCCAAAGAGUGGUUCAGUUACUUGGAAAAAAAUGACAAGCUAGCUCAGGAUAACCUCUCAUACAUCGAGCACAUCUUUGAGAUCUCGCGACGGCCUGAUCUUUUGACCCGGGUCAUCGAGUACCGUACGACUGUGCUGAAGAUCUCAGAAGAUGAUGAAAUUGACACUAAACUCACACGAAUCCCAUCAGCCAAGAAAUACAAGGAUAUCAUUCGCCAGCCUUCAGAAGAUGAGAUCAUCAAGUUGGCCCCUCCUCCCAAGAAAGUCUGAGGUUGAAGUUUGUGACCAUUUCUUCUUUGUCCAUGGCACUCCACCUUGUCAAAUCGUCUUCAGCUUCCAUCUAUUCAACCCCGCGUUGUCCCAUUCACUCACCACCCAAGCAGCCACGAAAACAGCUCAACAGCCAAUCGGAUUCACAAAUGCUCCAUAGCCACAUUCUGAA